AUGUUCAUGCGGUCAAGCAUCGCAAAGAAGGGCCCGAUUUCGCACAGGGACAUCGCGCAGGAGCCGCUGGUGUUUAAUCGGCAGGUCCUGCCAAACGGGAAGAAGCUGCUUGGAUGGCAGGAGGCUGCAAAAGGGCUGGAGUUGUUGAAACUAGACAAGGCGGAGCCGUUGAUGGUGAGGGGCGGAAGGGUGAUUGGAGUAGGAGGCCUACCCGAGGUACGGCUGCGCUGCUCGGAACUCUGCAUGGAUGAUCGGAUCCCUCCCUUCAGGCAGCUGAGGUUGCUCUUCGGCGCGCAGCAGGGAGUGAUGCAGCAGCAGGAAAAAUGGUCGGAAGAGUGGGGGAAAGUGAUUGAUUGGAAAAGAGUCAUCAGGGUGCGGGAUUCCGCGGUGCUUCCGAACCGAGCCCGUGACGUCCUGCUUCGCCUGCAUUGUCGUAAUCUCCAGGUUGGGGUGAGGCUGAAGUUCCUGGAGGAGGUGGCGUGUCCGUACUGUGGAGAGGAAGAGACAGCGGAGUCCUGCUUGUUCGGCUGCCCUCGUAUUCAACCAGUGGUGCAAGAGCUGCUGAAGGCUCUCCGCAUGAUCAACCGGGGCAGGAAAAUCACUUCACUCGGUGACCUGCUUUUUGAGAAGGAAGGCUCGACCUCGGGCUUCCCAUAA